AUGAAGUUCGCCACCUCCCUCGCUGCCCUUCUCGUUCUUGCCCCGGCUCUUGCCUCGGCUACCCCUCUCGUAUGUACCGUCACCGUCGAUGCCCUCCUUCAAUCGGUCAUCGCCACCGGGUUUGCGAACAACGGCCAGAACCCGCCCGUCGCCGGCCAGGCCGCCUCUACCACCUCGACGAACAACUACAUCAACUUCUGCGCGACGGUGGCCAACCUGCCAAUCACGAACGGCCUCCAGGUCAAGACCGGCUCCUGCAACCCCGCGCCGAUGGGUGUGAUCGCGGCGACGACCAACAUGCCGUCCUGCAAGUUCACCUUCCCCAAGAACGGCGACACCGUCCAGCCCAACGUCAACUUCACGCUGACCAUGGCCAUCUCCCACCUCAACACCGGCACCUUCACCAACCCGGACUCGACCUACUUCGCCGCGCCCCAGACCGUCGACUCCGCCGGGGACAUCACCGGCCACUCGCACGUCGUCAUCGAGCAGCUCACCUCCCUCGACCAGACCACGCCCACGGACCCGAACCAGUUCAAGUUCUUCAAGGGCCUGAACAGCAAGGCCGAGAACGGCGUCCUCAGCGCCGUCGUCGCCGGCGGUCUCCAGCCCGGCUUCUACCGCAUGGCCUCGAUCAACUCGGCCGCGAACCACCAGCCGGCGCUCGUCGCCAUCGCCCAGCACGGUUCGCUCGACGACAUGGUCUACACCACGACCGGCGCGAAGACCGGCAAGGGUGGCUUCAGGGGCGGCGCCAAGGGCGGCUUCCGCAACCGCGCCCUCUUCAACUAA